CCCUCCCCUCGCCCCAUCGACUCGGCAGAGCCAUGAGGGCGGAGUUUGCUUUUCAUUGUUUUUUGUGUUGAAUGUUGGCCACAGUGGACAUUAUGAGAGAGGUCGACAUGAGUUCAAGACCGUCGAUACAUUGAGUAUUUCCUUCAAAUUCUCUUUAAUGUGGAUCCAAGCCGGGACAAUGCCCAGCGCCAACGUAUCUGUGCGAAGUUUGGCUGAGGAAGAGAAAUACCUCAGCGGGCAGACGGCGGAGCGUACGGGCGAGGGCAUGGUCCCGGGCGGCCCGGCCUCGCUGCGCCGCGGCUCCUCGGAGAACAACCUGGAGCUGGACCAGCCCGACGGGCCGUGUCCCGGGGGCGCGGCGCCGGAGAUCGUGCGCAGCCGCUCGUGCCUGGACAGCCUGCAGCAGAAGAUGCUGAUGGUGACGGAGCAGCUGAAGAUCGAGCAGACGGCGCGCGACGACAACCUGGCCGAGUACCUGAAGCUGAUGAACAGCGCCGACAAGCAGCAGGUGGGCCGCAUCAAGCAGGUGUUCGAGAAGAAGAACCAGAAGUCGGCGCAGAGCAUCGCCCAGAUGCAGAAGAAGCUUGAGCAGUACCACCGCAAGAUGAAGGACAGCGAGAUCUUCGUCCCGACCGCCGGCCAGCACCCGGCGUUCUCCUCCCCCGCCAACGCCUACCACUCCUCCUCGGGCAAGCACAGCACCAUACCUCGCGAGUCACCGAAGGAACUGCUGCGGGACGUGACGGGCAGCGGGCGCCACCCCACCAUGGACAAGAUCAAGACCAUCGGGCCGGGCGUCUCUCUCUCGCCGCCCUUCUUCUUCAGCAAGCCCCGGGAGUUCGCCAACCUCAUCAGGAACAAGUUCGGCAGCGCCGACAACAUCUCCCACCUCAAGACCUCCAUGGACACCACCUCGUCGUCGUUCCCCAGCGGUGCCGGCGGCGGCGGCGGCGGCAACGGGGCGGACAAGGGCCUGUGCAACAGCACGUCCAUGGUGGCCAAAACCAAGUACACCAGCGACGACGAAUGCUCGUCCGGGAGCGCCUCGGUGUCGGCCGACAGCAACGGCAACCUCCUGGGGGCCGGCGGGGUCUCGUCGGGGGCGGGGCAGGCACAGGACGCGGCGGGCGGGGGCGCGGGCCGACUGGCCACCACGCUGGAGGAGGUGAAGGAAAUCCGCGAGGCUCAGAGCCAGCUGGACGAGGACCUGGGGGAGUUCAAGGGGCAGUUCCAGAGGGACUACGGCGUGCUGAACCAGACGCUGCAGGAGGAGCGAUACAGGUACGAGCGCCUGGAGGACCAACUCAACGACCUGACGGAGCUGCACCAGAACGAGAUGUCCAACCUGAAGCAGGAGCUGUCCAGCAUCGAGGAGCGCGUGGCCUACCAGGCCUACGAGAGGGCGCGGGACAUACAGGAGGCGCUGGAGUCGUGCCAGACGCGGGUCUCCAAGCUGGAGCUGCAGCAGCAGCAGCAGCAGACGGUGCAGCUGGAGAACCACGACGCCCGCGUGCUGCUGGGCAAGAGCAUCAACAUCAUGCUGGCCAUCGUCACCGUCCUCCUGGUGUGCGUGUCGACCGCCGCCAAGUUCGCCGCGCCGCUCAUGCGCAGCCGGCACCACCUGGUGGUCACCGUGCUGGGCGUGUGCUUCCUGGCCGUGUUCUGGCGGAACUGGGACCGCCUGCAGUGUGCGUUGGAGAGGAUGCUGGUGCCGGCCUGAAUGGGGGGCGG